CACGAGUACAACCAGCAACACCAAAACAGAAACCCCAAUUCCAAACGAUUUUCCUAAAAAGCCCGGAGAGUCGCCGGAGGAGGAAUGACAAUGGAGCUCGCUGGCUGGCUCGACUUGCUCCUCCUCUUCUCCUUCUCCUCCUUCCUCUUCGUUCUGGCCGCCAAAUUCCUCCGAUCCAAACUCAAAACCUCCAAUUUCAACCUGCCGCCUACCCCGCCGUCGCGUCCCGUCGUCGGCCACCUCCACCUGCUGAAAUCCCCGCUCCACCGCGCCCUCCACGAGCUCUCCACAAAGUACGGAGACAUCUUCUCCCUCCGAUUCGGCACCCGGAAAGUCCUCGUAAUUUCCUCCCCAAAUCUCGUGGAGGAAUGCUUCACCAAAAACGACGUCGUCUUCGCCAACCGUCCGGUUCUCAUCGCCGGGAAGCACCUCAAUUACAACAACACCACCAUGGGGUUCUCGUCGUACGGCGACCACUGGCGCAAUCUCAGGCGGCUGAGCACCGUCGAGCUCUUCUCCACCAGCCGGAUUAAUUCUUUCUCCGGGAUCCGGGCCGACGAGGUCCGUUUGCUCCUGAAGAAGCUCUUCCUCGAAUCGCGCGCGCAGCCGGCGGCGGCGGAGGUUAGGGUUAACCUGACGGAGAAGGUACUGGAGCUGGCGUUCAACGUCGUGAUGCGGAUAAUCGCCGGGAAGCGGUACUACGGCGAUGGUCGCGUGGAUGAAGGGGCUAAGGAGUUUCAGGACAUAAUCAAGGAAAUGGAGGCUCUUCGUGGAAGCUCGAAUCUCAAUGAUUACAUCCCGAUUCUGCGGUGGGUGGAUUACGGCGGCGUUGAGAAGAGGAUGAUUAAAUUGGGGAAGAAGAUGGAUGGGUUCUUGCAGGUGCUGGUGGAUGAGCAGGAGAGAUUGAGAAACAGAGAGGGAAUCGAAUCGAAGCCCAAUUUGGUCAAUGUUCUGUUAUCUCUCAGAGAAACGGACCCUGAAUUUUACACCGAUCAGACCAUUAAAGGCAUUAUAUCAACGACGUUGACGGCGGGAACGCAAACUUCAGCAGCAACCUUAGAAUGGGCAAUGUCGCUUCUGCUGAACAAUCCAAAGAAGCUAGAGAAGGCGUUCUUGGAGAUGGAAUCCGUCGUGGGAUUAGAACGUAUGUUCGAAGAAUCAGACAUUCCCAAUCUGAGUUAUCUGCACAGCAUAAUCAACGAAUCCCACCGGCUCUUCCCGCCGGCGCCGCUGCUACUGCCGCACGUGUCGUCGGCGGAUUGCAAGGUUGGCGGGUUCGACGUGGCGCGAGGGACGAUGUUGUUGGUCAACACGUGGACCAUGAACAGAGACCCCAGGUUUUGGCCAGAGGCAGAGGAAUUCGUGCCGGAGAGAUUUGAAGGCGGCGGCGGUGGUGGAGAAGGGGAAGGUUUCAAGUUGGUGCCGUUCGGCGCCGGGAGAAGGGCGUGUCCUGGAGCUGGGCUGGCAAAGAGGAUUGUGGCGUUGACGUUGGGUGCUCUGAUUCAGUCGUUUGAGUGGGAGAGGGUUGGUGGAGAGGAGAUUGAUAUGAGAGAAGGUGCGGGGCUCAGCAUGCCCAAGGCUUUGCCGUUGGAGGCGAUUUGUAGGCCUCGGGAAGCCAUGGUCAAGGUUCUGAGUUCGAUUUGAGGCUGGGGAGGAAGGCAUAUGGGAUGUAAUCGAAGUUCAACAUAAACGUGUAGAUUGAAAAACAAUAAUGAAGCAAAGAAAUAAAUUAUUCGAAUCGACCUUUGCUACGGUGACAUGCAUUUUUCGGUCGACCUUAUAUAGGAUUAGGUCGACCUAAUAUGUUGUUUCAGUGUAAAAAUAGUUUCAUGGU